CAUCUCCACUAGACGAUUUUUGUGACGAUCGUCUUAAAUUUUCGCGACAAUAUUUCGAACACGAAUUAUAGGACGAUUUUGUUAGUCAUCUCCACUAGACGAUUAUUUCGCGGUGUUUUCCAAUAAACAAAAUGGCGUCUAUAAAUAAAAGAUAUAUUCUAUAUUUGCUGCUUCGUAGAAGAUAUUUAUUUCUUUACAAUCUUCACCAAAAAAUGCUCAGGGAGAACACCAAAACAAGAAAAAGGAAACGUCGAUUUUGGAUAAGAAAGCUGUACGAAGAAAGAAAUGUGAAAGGAGAAUAUAAGCUAUUGAUAAAUGAUAUGCGACUCCACGACCGUGAAAUGUUCUUUAGAUACUUUCGUAUGUUUCCAAAAACAUAUGAAAGUUUGCUAAAGUUGAUAGGACCCGACAUAAAGAAAGUUUCAACGAAAAUGAGAGAACCUAUUGGACCUGACCAAAGACUUGCAGUGACACUACGAUAUUUAACCACCGGUGAUGCCUAUUCAACUAUUGGCGCUAAUUAUGGAAUGAGUGCCACAACUGUUGGCAGAAUAAUCGAUGAAACGUGCAAUUCAAUUUGGAAUAGACUGAAGGAAGCAGGAUAUAUUGACACACCUUCUGGAGUUGAAGCAUGGAGAAAAAUUGCCAAUGAAUUCGAAGCUCGAUGGAAUUUUCCGAAUGCACUUGGCGCAAUUGAUGGCAAACAUGUGUUGAUGUUUGCUCCUGAUAAUCAGUCAUCCGCUUUCUUUAAUUAUAAAAAGACUCACAGUAUUGUGCUCAUGGCAGUAUGUGAUGCUCAGUACAAGUUUACUAUGGUUGAUAUAGGUGAUAGUGGACGGCAAAGUGAUGGAAGUGUUUAUGCUAACAGCAAUUUAGGUUAUGCUAUAGAAAAUAAACUCCUGGACACUCCACCUGAUUGUCAAAUUUCCAAUUCUAAUAAGGUUUUACCUUAUGUUUUUGUUGGAGAUGAUGCUUUUGGUCUAAAAAGACAUAUGAUGAAGCCAUAUCCAUUCUCCAAUCUUUCAGAAAGUAAGCUAGUUUUCAAUUAUAGGCUCAGUCGUGCAAGGAGGGUAAUUGAAAACACAUUUGGCAUUUGUGCUAGUCGUUUUCGUGUUUUCCACAGGCCAAUCAUUGCAAAAGUACCCAAGGUUAUUGCAAUAACAAAAGCAGUGGUUGCACUGCACAACUUCCUGAUGACUAUAAAUGAAACUGACAGAGAAAGUCACUAUUGCCCAAGUACAUUUGUUGACCAGGAUGGGCCAAAUGGACUGCACCUUGGUGAAUGGAGACAAGAUGCAAAUAUUAUGAAUGGUAUAGCUUCUAUUCAAAAUGUUGGGGCUUCAAGAAAUUAUGGUGGGGAAGCUAAAUGGGUUAGAGAACAGUUUGAACAUUAUUUCAACAAUGAGGGUGCUGUUGACUGGCAAUGGGACAAAAUAGGCAAAGCAAAAUAA